UUGCCAUGGGCAACGUGUGGAUGGAAAUACACCGUUGGAUGUCAUUUGGAUGGCAGGGAUUGGAUGGUAAUUUGGCCCAGCCAAGUUCUGUUCCUUUGACAAUCCACACCAGCGGAGACACAUCCGACGCCACUCAAAUUCCCCACCGACCGCCGCCGCCGCUCCGCCGUCGCGGCGCCAUGCUCCACCUCCGGCAGCGCGUCCUCUCCCAUCUCCUCUUCGCCGCGCCCUCUCCUUCCGCCUCACCACUCCUCUCUCUCCACCGCCUCCUCUCCGCCGCCGCUGCCCCCCGCAUUUCUUCAAACCCUAGCUUCGCCGUCGACGACUACCUCGUCGAGACCUGCGGCCUCACCCGUGCCCAGGCACUCAAGGCCUCCGCCAAGAUCUCCCACCUCAAGUCCCCGGGCAAGCCAGAUGCCGUGCUUGCCUUCCUUGCCGGCCUCGGCCUCUCGGGCGCUGAUGUCGCGGCCGUCGUCGCCAGGGACCCGCUGAUCCUCUGCGCCGGCGUGGAGACAACCUUGUCCCCCAUCGUCGUUGGGCUCACCGGCCUCGGCCUGUCACAAGCUGAGAUUGCGCGCCUCCUCUCGCUCGUCCCUGACAACUUCCGCCGCAGAUCCUUCGUCUCCAAGCUAGAGUACUACCUUCCACUCUUCGGCUCCAUCGAGAACAUGGUCCGGCCGCUCAAACAUGGCCACUUCUUCCUCCACUCUGACCUCGAGAGGGUGGUCAAGCCAAAUGUCAAGCUCCUAGCAGAGUGCGGGCUAGGUGCUUGUGAUAUUGCCAAGCUGUUCAUCCGUGAGCCAAGGAUGCUUAGCGCCAAACCAGAGCGUGUCCUGGCGAUGGUUGCGUGCGCCGAACGUUUAGGUGUGCCCCGUGGCUCAGGAAUGUUCAGGCAAGCGCUGCACACCGUCUCAUGCUUCAGCGAGGACAAGAUCGCUGCCAGAGUGGACUACUUGAAGAGGACACUUAGGUGGUCAGAUACCGAGGUUGGCAUUGCUGUGUCCAAGGCUCUGAUUUUGCUGGCAAGAUCAAAUGACGUGCUGCAGCGUAUGUCAGACUUCCUAAUCUCUGAGGUGGGGUUGGAGCCGGCCUACAUUGCUCAUCGCCCCGCUAUGCUCACUUGCAGCCUGGAGGGCCGGCUCAGACCCCGCUACCAUGUUGUGAAAUUUCUUAAGGAAAAUGGAUUGCUAAAUCAUGGCAGAGACUACUACAGUAUGGUUGUGGUCAGCGAGAAGGUAUUUGUGGAGAAGUUCAUAUGCCCUCACAAGCAAGCUGCACCACACCUUGCUGAAGACUAUGCAGCUGCUUGCACAGGGCAGGUGCCUGCUACAUUCAGAUUUACAUGAACCAAGAAGCAGGAAAAUGGAUUGCUAGAGCAUGAGUGGAACCACUAUUCAGCAGCCUUGGUGACAGAAGAUUUUCAUGGAAAAGUUUGUAUGCCCUCACAAGGAAGAUGCCCCCACCUCGCCGGAAACUAUGCUGCCACUUGUAGGGAAGUGCCUUCUAAUUUCAGAAUUACAUGACCAAUAAUGGUCCAGGAGAAUUUGUAACUGCAUAUGGCGCAAAGAAGUUUACCCUAUGUGUAGUGAGCUGGUAAUCUCUGUCUGUGUGCCUGAGUGGAUGUUGGUUGUCUGCUAUAGUAUGUCAAGUACUCCCUCCGUUCCGAAUUACUUGUCUUGGAUUUGUCUAAAUACAGAUGUAUCUAGACUCAUUUUAAUGCUAGAUACAUCCGUAUCUAGACAAAUCCAAGACAAGUAAUUUGGAACGGAGGGAGUACAUGCUAAUAUAGUGUUGCUGGUCCUUAAUGAAACUGAUAGUUUUAUCGUGAGCCCUUGUAUGUCCAUUGCAUCAUUCAGUACAGAAGAAAGAAUUACACUGCAAUUAACCUGUCCAUCUUGAUGUCAUAUUGUCAUGCAUACUAGAACUAAGAGUGUGACAUCAGGGCAUUCUACAAAUGCUUUCAAAUAUAUUAAUGAAGAGUAUAUUUGCAUGCCCUA